AAGAAAAUGGAGAUAGAACAAUGAAGAGAAGGAAGAAGAAGGUGGCCUAUCCUUUUGCAGUUCUGAAGCCUGCAGGGCUUGAAGAAGGGGAGGUGACACUUGCAGAGAUUAAUAGGAGGAUUAUGAUGAGGCCGAUGAGGCCGGUGAGGCAUCCGGUGGGGGAGUACAAGUGCUUGCCUUGCGUGGCGGAUGUCGGCGGCGGGCCGGGGCUUUCCGGCAAGGCGGUGGUGGGGCUUACGAGGAUUCAUACGCGCGGUAAGGGGAGUAUUACCAUUGUGAGAACAAGAGGGUGAUGGAAGUGCUGAUGCUGUUUUUGUUUCAGUGUUUGUUUUUGUUGGUUCUGAUCUUUGUGUUGUAGAUAGAUGGCUAAGUGAAUUGUAGAGAUGUAUGUUAAGUUUAUAUCUUUGUGGGGACUUUAUGUGAGAUUAAGUUAUGUUAGGUUAUGAGAAUACAUUAAUUAGUUAUGCACCAUC